CCGGGGCCCCAUGGCGCCGCCCAGUCCCUCGCGCUCGGGCCCGACGAGGUCGCACUGUGCAUAGCAUCACUGUGCCUCUGUCUGAGCAGCGGCACGAAGGGGGCACUCCACGCCCGGAGCAGGAGCUGCAGGGCAACCGCCACCGGCGGCUAGAAGGAAAUAGUCAGAUCGUCAACCGUCGUAAAGGAGGAGAAGUAAACGGAGGCGGGGACACAAGGGAUGGAGCCGAAGAGGGGGCGGCCAUGAGGAGAGUUGUGAGAAGAUGGGAUGAGGGAAAUGAGAAGAGAAGGGACGGGCGAUGGCUGAUGGGGUGGAAGACGAAACUGCUUCAUGCGAUCGGGUGGUUUGGGAGCAGAGAGGGGAAAUCGUGGGUGGGCAUGAUGAUGGUGUGGGGAUCAGGGGAGUGACGGGCCGGGAGGAGAAGGGGCGGGGGUCACGGCUAAUAUUUUUUUUCUCUGAGAAAUCAUGCGAGGGAGCCACAAGGUCGUACGAGGGGAGGAAUACUGCGGGAGAGCCAACCUGGUUGAACCAUCACGACGACGGCAGAUCCUCCUUUAAUAAUAGAGAUCUGCCGUCGUGAUCGUUCGACCAACGAUCCCCUUUAAUAGUCUUGGCACCCACGUCACCCCCUCUCGAUUUUUUACAUCCCUCUGAAAACCAAGGCGGUCCAUCAAAAACCAAAGCGUCUGCGAUCCCCCUUUAAUAGAUUUUUUACAUCCCUCCAAAAACCAGCGACAAUUAAAAAAACCGACAAAACUGCCCAGUCAAACCCACGACUCACGAACCAACGUCGCCCAGCCGGAGCACGAUCUAUCUAUUCCAGGCAUCGCCCAGCCGGAGCACGAACUGUUCUGUUGCAGCUACAAUAAUGGUUUUGCAGUUCCUCCAUCUUCCUGACGUAGCCCCAGCCCGAUCACACUUCCGCCGCUCGUCGGGCUCUGCCUCCUCUACAGUCGCGUACUUCCGCCGCUCGCCGGCCUCGGGCGCCUCCUCUACGGCCGCGUCGGGCUCCUCCUCUACGGCCGUGGCGGGGCUCAGGUCCAGGUUCUGCCUCCCGAUCACACUUCCGCCGCUCGCCGGCCUCUGCCUCCUCUACGGCCGCGGCGGGGCUCGGUCCAGGUUCUGCCUCCUCUACGGCCGCGACAGGGAACUGCAUCAGACAGGAUGGUUAUGAGCUGACAUAUAAUUUUUUGAUAUACUUGCUCGACUAUCAUGCGAAUGAAGGUGAAGACAACAUCUCGUAUGAUGUACGACAAAUUCUCAAGUGCCUCAAAUAGGGAGUUAGUAAUCUAGAUAAUAAAAAUGGACUUAUCUCUACACACCUGUACUCAAACUGUAUUUUUUAUUGAAUUUUUUUUGUUCAUCUCCAUGGAUUUGUUUAUUGUAUUCUGCCAUAUGUUGUGGCUAUAUAUUUAUGAUAUUAAUUUUAUGAUGCAAUAUGUUUUGCGAGGGAAAAAAUAAUCUCUGUUAUAUGUAAACCCGUGCGUUGCAACGGGCAAAAGAAAAUACUACGAGGUUUUUUUACUGUACCAUGGUAUUCCUUAUAUAGACGUGAAAGUGCCAAUAAAAUCUCAUUAUUGACUUCAGGAAGUACUUUAGGUUUUUGUCUCCUUAAUUCACAUACAAUAUUAAGAUGUUUCCCUUUAUCAUAUUUUUUCCCUUUAGAGAAAGGUAUAUUUUUUGUUUUUGUCUCGUCUGCAAUGUCACAAUCAUCGAUAUCAACAUCCAGUAACCUUUGUUUAUACACCUUCCUUUUGCUGCAUGACUUCUUUCACGGUCUCCAGAGCCUUGUCACUAUGAUUCAUCCUUUCUUCAGCCAUUCGCCUAGUCACUAUGAUUCAUCCUUUCUUCAGCCAUUCUUCUAUACUCACAUGCUUCCAUUCUCUCUGCCUCCUUUUCUUUCUGAAGUUCUCUAUACUGGCACAAACAAAUAUGAUGAAACAGCCAAAUUACAUGCUAUUUUAUCAAGUAAUUUUUUCAUAUAAUAUUUCAUAUGUCGUGGCAACGCAUGGGCAUUUAACUAGUCUCUACUAUUAAAGCAGGAUCGAACGUCGUGAUGAUUCAACCAUCACAGAUGCUCCUCCCACUGAUUUUUUCCAACCCUCCAAAAACCAAA